AAUGGGCAUUUCUUUAUUUGUUGCUUAAUGAUUAGGUCAUCUCAUCUGCAUGAUUGAUUACUCUCUUUUUUGCAUUUAUUAUAUAUGUAUGCUUUAAUUAAUUUAAUUUUCUUUCUUGUUCGUCCACCUGCAAAAUUAAAAAGAAGGUCGUAUUUGCGGUGGAGUGGCUACUAAGUGCAAUAAUGUUGAACAACCUAACCAAAUAUAAUUCAUAACCAUUUUGACUGAAUUAAUAUUAGUUGAGAAGUGGUUGCAUCUUAUUCUUACGUUAAUCGAUUCCACAAUAAAGAGAAAAAGGGAUAUCGAGAUUGGUGCGAGCAGACUACGUUGGCUUGACGGAGACAACUAAUUCUUGAACUAAUCUCAACAAAAUAUAUAUCUCCACACAAACACAACCAACACUUUUUUUCUUCUCUUUUCUUUUUUCAAUUUGCUCCCACAAAUUCUCCUCAACUUUCAUCUUCUUCUUUAUCAACGCCAACAAGAAAAGAGAUGCUACAAAAGGAAAGAAUGUGCAAAAGUAGAAUAAUAAUGCCGUUGCUGGACGUUGUGUUAGAGAGGAAUUCUCUUCCCAUUUCAUAAUAUUCCCUCUCUCUCUCUCUCUUAACCUACUUUAAAGCUUCCAUGAUGUCUUGUUUCAUCCCACCUCACCACUGAAGGAGAAAGAAUGAAAGAAACCAAAUGCUGAAAAGAGGCCUCCAUUAAUCUUCCAAUCACCAAUGAUGAAGCUGCAACAUUCCUCAUUCUCAACAUGUUGCUUCUUCUUCUUCUUCUUCUUCUUCUUCUACAUGGUGACUAUGAUGAGUAGUGAUCUCAGCUCGGACCGCGACGCCCUUCUUGAUUUCGCCUCCGCCAUGACUCAUGCGAGGAGACUCAACUGGAGAAACGCUUCCACACUUUGCACCUCUUGGGCUGGAGUCACUUGCUCUUCAGACGGCAGCCGGGUGGUGGCCCUCCGCCUGCCCGCCUACGGACUGCUCGGCCCUCUCCCGGAGAACACCUUGGCAAGGUUGGAUUCCCUCACCACUCUCAGCCUCAGAUCAAACUACCUCAAUGGCACCCUUCCAUCCGACCUUCUCUCUCUUGAUUCCCUGCGCUAUGUCAAUCUCCAGCAAAACAGAUUCACCGGUGACAUUCCUUCCUUCCAAUCUCCUCUGCUCAAUGUUGUUGAUUUCUCCUUCAACUCAUUGACAGGGAACAUCCCUCAAACACUCCAGAAUCUCACACGCCUCACUGCUUUAUUCCUUCAAAACAACUCUCUCUCUGGCUUCAUACCUGACCUCAACCUUCCAGAACUCAAGCAGUUGAAUUUUAGCAAUAACAAUCUCAAUGGCUCUGUCCCAUCUCACCUGCAGAGGUUCUCUGCUUCUUCAUUCAAUGGAAACUCUAAGUUGUGUGGGAAGCCCCUGCAAAGCUGCCAUGUAGCAUCACCUCCUCCUUCUCCUUCCCCUUCACCUUCUCCUUCGCCUGCGCCUUCUCCUUCGCCUCCUCCUCCUCCAUCUCAAGCUCUCCCCCCGCCAUCUCCUUCUGCACAGACCCCAUUUUCCCCAACAGUUCCUGAAGCUCACAAAUCCAGCAAAAGUUUAGGCACAUCAAGUAUAGUUGCUCUGGGAGUGGGUGGUGCUGCAGUGGCAGCAGUUGCAGCCUCGGCAUUGUUAGUUUUCUGUUUGAAGCGGAGGCGAGCAGCUGGAGGAGGAUCGCUCAAAGGAAACAGGGCUGAGGGGAGAAGAGGCGAGGCGCCUAAGGAAGAGUUUGGGAGUGGAGUGCAAGAGGCAGAGAAGAACAACCUCAUAUUCUUUCAAGGCAGUUCCUAUAGCUUCAAUCUUGAGGACUUGUUGCGAGCCUCGGCCGAGGUGCUGGGGAAAGGAACCUACGGCACAACCUACACGGCCGUCUUGGAGGAAGGAACCACGGUGGUGGUGAAGCGCCUCAGAGAAGUGCUCUCCGGGAAGAGAGAGUUUGAGCAGCAGAUGAAGGCCAUUGGCAAUGUGCAGCCUCACCCCAACGUUGUCCCCCUUCGCGCUUACUACCAUUCCAAAGACGAGAAGCUCCUAGUAUACGACCACGUACCCGCUGGCAGCCUCUCCACCCGACUCCAUGGGAACAAAGAAAAUGGAAGGAUUCUUGAUUGGGAAACUAGAGUCAAGAUUUGCUUAGGAGUGGCCAAAGGGGUAGCACAUAUUCAUUCAACUGCUGGAACCAGACUUACUCAUGGAAACAUCAAGUCUUCCAAUGUCCUUCUCAGCCAUGACUCAAAUGCUUGUGUUGCAGAUUUUGGCCUCACUCCUCUAAUGGGAGUCCCUACAACUCCACCCAGAGGUGCUGGAUACCGGGCACCCGAGCUUGUUGAGACGGGGAGACACACUCAGAAGUCAGAUGUCUACAGCUUUGGUGUUCUGCUCCUGGAAUUGCUCACAGGCAAAGCACCAAUUCAGACACUGGGGCAAGAAGAUGUCAUGGAUCUGCCGCGAUGGGUCCAAUCCGUCGUGAGAGAGGAAUGGACGGCUGAGGUUUUCGACGCUGAUCUGAUCAAGUACCAGGCUAGUGUUGAAGAAGAAAUGGUGCAGAUGCUCCAGAUUGCAAUGACCUGUGUGGCCAAGGUGCCGGAGAUGAGACCUGCGAUGGAUGAAGUCGUCAGGAUGAUCGAGGAACUCCGGCAGCUAUCGGGUUCCGGGAACCAGCCGUCGUCCAGCACUAGUCCCACAUUAUUGUAAUCAUUCAUUGCAUCUCCAUAUAUGGCACCACUAGCCAAAGGAGUUGCAGCUUAUUUGUUCAAUCAUGUAGAAUUAAUGCAAGAAGACAGUGAUAAUCCUUUCUCA